AUGCCUCCAAGAGAGCUCUGCCGAGGCAAACAGGCCCUGCGGCUGCAAGGGGCAGCAGAAGUGCAUAUUGAAGCAACUGCAGCAGCUGCUGAUAGUGUGUACAUUACGUGCUUGCUGUUCUGCAAUGAAGACCUAUGUCCAGAGGAGGCUGCUGCUGCGGCUGCUGGCAGCAGCCUGCUACACCUCCUCGCAGAAUGCUGCGGCAGCAGCAAGGCAACGGAGGCUGCACUGAAAGCUGCUGCCCUGCGGCAGCAAGUCGACGCAAAGGCAAAAAGGCAGGGCUUCGAGGGCUGGACGCCUCUCCACAUUUCCUGUCUCCGGGGAAAGCAACGGAUGGCUCGGAUUCUGCUGCAAGCAGGGGCAGAUGCUUCUAUAGUGACAGGCGCAUUUGAUGCAUCGUCUCCUUUCCUCAAGGCUGCAGCAACCGGUGCUGUGUGUAGCAUGCUGCGCAUAGAUACAAGCGCGUUAUUGGAACAGAGCAAAACCAACGCUCAACCUGUGCUACAACUCCAGGAGCCGGAGCAGCAGGAAGACAGCCUCAUUCCCCCUUCUGGGAAGGAUUCCGGUCUCUUGCCUAUCCACUUGAGUUGCUUCGGGGCGCACCGAGGUCUAACACGCUUGCUGCUUCAUGUUGGGAGUCGCAUUGACGCUCUGACUGGACGGCUGCGAUGGACUCCUUUGCACUUCGCGACUGCCAGUGGCUCGGUGGCAUUAGACUUGGAAACUGUAAAGGUUCUGCUGGCCUUUGGCGCAAAUCCCCUCAAAUCAGUCCGAUUUGCUGGGAUGCGAGCAGCUUGUCUGGGGGAACUGGCUGCACAGGCAGAGGAGCAAGAAGAGCAGGUCACUCCUCUCCACAUCGCCGUAUUGGGAGAACAAUUGCUACGAUUUGCAGGUGGCUGCGGGCAACCUCCAGUUGAAGUCCUCGACAUGUUGGAAGGGGCUCGGCGCCAGGCCGGCAAGGUGCGCGCUCCAUCAACUGUUUUACUUGCGGGAACCGAAGAUGGAGCGAAAGGAGGCAGGUGGAGUUCAGCGGCUUUAGCAGUGGCUCUGGCAACAAGUGCUGCGUGCUCAGGGGAUACGAUCGGGAGACGAAGAAUAAUAUGCGCAGCACUCAUUGGCUUCGCUGCUGCAGAAGCCCCGGCGGAAAUCGCAGCGGAGGCGUGCGGUCUGGAAAGGCUGUUGGCAGUUACCGAUGAGCCGCUUGCCCUCAGAAUCAUAGAGGAAUUGUCGCAAAUUUGCUUAUACCAUCCAGAGAGUCAACGAGUGGAAGAGGGGAAGACGCAACAUCUUCGCGUGCACGGAGCCUCUGUAGAGCAGCUGAGGGAUCUGUUUUCAGUCAUUUCCAGCAGAUUCCUGCAGCACGCCGUGUUGCGCAACUUUUCAGGAGUCGUCCGCCGAUUGCUGCAACUUGGAGUUUAUGAGCAAAACGCAGCAGAAAAAGCACUUCAUAUAGCGGCGAGUUUGGGGUAUGCACGAAUAUGUCAACUGCUGGUAGACGCGGGAAUUGAAGCAGUUUCUGGGCCAAGUACAGAUAAGGGGCCUUUCGAACUGCUGGCCAAGGCGCUGCAGCAGCAGCAGAAGCAUUCGCUGCUGCAGCAGCAGCACGACAUCCUGGAGGCUGCUGCUGCUGCUGCGUCUAUUACACCCCUAGCAGCUGGCACAAUCGGAGAAUGA